UAGCGCCAUCUCUGUACCAAUCGCAAUUAGAGAAGGUCGAUGGCGAUGGCCGAACUAGCGUCCCGUUUCUAUGGCUGUUUCUUAUCAAUUCUCCUGUUUUUGUGUUAUGUCAUCGGAAAUGAGUGGCACUACCCCUCCUGUAUAGUGGUAGAUCCUGACAGCUAUGAAUGUCUCAACAGUUUCUUCAAUUAUUAUGGAGGGUACAACUCAGCGAUAGGGGGAGGAGAAAAUGUGGAGCACACAUGGGUCCGAUAUAUGGACUACAUCUAUGACUACAAUGAUGUCAGCUCAACUUCAUGUCACAUUAGAAGACAGUCUGCAUCGACGGAAUCCUUUACCAACGUUUCUUGGACGCGGGACGGCUUCUCCACCUGCACCAUAGAGGAAGUGUCCACCUUUAAUACGUGGUGGGGUAGCAUAUGCGAACAGAUCUGCGUCGAGGACAACAACUGUAGGAGGUAUGCCACCUAUCUGGGAUAUCAUCUCUGGAACAACUGCAGCUGGGAUGCAGAGACCGAGAGGCCAAACUACGACCUGACGGUUCCUUGAGAGGCUGCUGUUCCCAUGACUGUUAUCUUGCAAGGAUAGCUUGCUUCUCACAGGAUAGGUUUUUUUCACCAAAAUUGUAUUCUCUUGGUCAGUUUAACUGACCAAGUUUGGGUGAGAAGGUUUAUGGUUACACCAUGCAAGGAAGUCCUGAAAAAGACUGGUAUAUAAUCUUUCUGAUAAUAGAUCUUAAAAGAACUGGUGAUCUCAAUGUUGCAAACACAUAAACUCUUAUCAUCCUCAGCCAAUCUAGGACUAACUUGCAUGGUCUAACAAAAAACCUUAUGUCUUCUCACCACCAUGCGAACCUUCAAAGCUCAUAAGAUCAAAGCUUAUUACAUGUAGAAUACAAGUUCGAGGUUGUACUUUCAAAACAAUUACAAAUCAUAUAAGUAAAGUAAAAACUGUUGAUAAAGACCACCUAAGGAGACAAGAGAAGCAGUCUAUAUGAACAGGUGGUCGUUGUAGAUAUGAAGCAGGUUGGUGAAGCAGGUUUAAAUGAAGUAUUAUAUAGUUUAAUUUUCAUCAUAUUUUAAUAAGGAACAUUGUGGUUAUUUCCACACAUUUCAAACAGUAAUGAGCUAAGCUUACUACAUAAAAUGUCAGGUUGCUAGUUGCUACAAUUGUCAUGUCUUCCCCACCUCAUUCAUGAUUAUUAUUUAUCGGAAAUCGAUGUGUAGAUUAAAAAAUGUGUCUCCUUAUGACAAUAUAACCAUGUCUCGUCAGGAAAGCUUGGAAAAGACACUUUCCCUGGCAUCAGAAAAUUGUGAUAAUUGUGCUGUGUAAACAAAAGUAAUACAGUGUAGUAAGGUCAACUGGAUUAAAUGUUCUUUGCACUUGUGUACACUGACACAAACAAGAAGGCUGAUGUCCCAGUCUGGCAAAAUGUAAACCAUGUGUACUACAGUCAAACCUGCUUCAGCACCCAUCUGUAUAGAAGGACCACCUGUUCAUAAAGACCACAAUUUUUGUUUCUCUUUAAGCGUUUUCCCCAUUGAAACAUUUAAAACAGGGAUCCGUCCAUAAAGAUUAAAGGCAACCUCAAAAACACCAUUAACUUGUUUCCCUUCUAGGUGCAGAGAUAUAGUCUAGGCCGGUACUUUUAAGUCACGAGGCUACUGGAGAAAACUAUCUCCCAUAGAUUUUGUACAUAUGACUCGGCCCGAGGCCGGCAAAAUUUGGACAAGGUGUCGACUACAUCUCUGCUUAGGUGGUCUUUAUAAACGGGUUUCAUAGGAAUAUAUCUACAUGUUCUUAAUCAGUGUGACAUUCAAUUGUCUAUGACUUGUUAUCACACAUAAUUUACUAUUAGAAUGUUAGACAAUUUUCCUAUCUUAUUGAGAGUUUGAAUUUCACAUUCAUAGAAUUACUAUUGUUUUUCAUCAUCAAGUCAUUCUAUCUCAAUACUCUGUAAGGCCUUUGUACUUUUGUCACAGCAAUAAUACAGUAUAUGAAAUACUUAUGAGACCUCAAAACAGAUAUAAUACAACUUUUCACACUUUGUAUGUUCGAAAGCAAUAACAGUAUAUUUAAACUCAAAUAUUUAUGAAUAGUACAGAAAACAGUAGAAUUUGCUGUUAUGUAAAUUAAGGGGCAAGUGAAACUUGUAUAUAUGGUAUAGAAUCUAGAUACCACCUGAUUUUAAUAAAAGAAAAAAUCAGAAGAUCAAGAACACUGUAAACAGACGGGUAAACUUGUCUAUUACUCAGUAGUGUGUUCAUGUUCUUAAUAACAGUAAGAAAAAAAAAAUACAUGGUCAAUUUGAAUAGAAAAUACAUGCAUUCAAGCAAAAAGUGAUAAAUGUUUCUCAUACUACAUGUACAGUACAGAAUUGUAGGCCUACGUAUAUAUGAAUUUUUUAUUGAGUCAACAUAAAAAAAAGUUGUUUCUUUCAUAUACUGAUUAUUGCCUUGUUAUAAUAUCUACACAUAAAAAUUGUGAUCAAUCACAAACAUAGGAAUGUGCAAUCAAGAUGAUUGUUGCAUACAGAUUUGGUUCAUAUGACUGGCAAGUGACCAACCAACCAGAAUGGUUGUUUUAAAGCUGAAUUUGAUCACAUAACUGCAGUAAUGUCAUCCCAUUCGGUGCCUUUCAUGAAUAAGUUUAAAUGCUGUGGGCAUUCAGGGUAACAUUUCUCUCAUCCUUUUCAUGCUUUGUAAGAGUCUGACUUGAUAAAUACAGUAAAGCUUUGGUGAGGCUGAGGGUUUCUUUUAUAUUCUUGUUGUUUGGCUAAAAAAAUAAUAUCUGGUCACGGUAGAAGUUUAACGAUUAAAGGUCUAAAUGAACCACUGUGAAUGUAAUAUAAGAUGAGAGUACUGGGUAAACUAAAACAGUUGUUAAGAUAACAUUUUAUUUUCAGAAGACGGAUUGAUGGUGUAUGUAUUUCUUUACAUAUUGUACAAUUUACAAGUACUAUAUAUACAGCAAUACACCAAGACAACACAUCUAUUUUCCCAGGUUUUUUAUUUUCAGAUCUGUAAAUAGAGGCAAACUUUACUUUUAUAAAAUCAUUGUAUUAUUAUGUUUGUAUAAAUUGUGAGAUUGAUUGAAAAUUAUAUUGGUUUUUAUUACAUUCAUUGACAAAUCUUUUUACCGCACAACAGGAAGAAAAACUCAAGAUCUACUUUUCCUGUUUUUAGUUUCAGUAUCUGUAAAUAAAGACAAACUAUACUUUUUAUAUAGUCUUUGUAUAAAUUGUGAGAUUAAUUGGAAAUUAUAUUGAUUUAUAUCACAUUCAUUGACAAAUCAUAAUAAAUUAUUCUUUUUCAUAUAAAAAUUACAAGUUUUUGCUAACUCUGUGGCUGGUAUACUGGUAUUCACAUCAUAAUGUAAGCUUAUAUUGGGUUAUUUUGCAUUUCCUUAAAAACAGAAUUCACUGGAUUGGGCAGAUUGUAGACAUUUCACCUUCAAUGUCUCAAAAGUUUGUCUACUUAUAAAUUUUUAAUGUUAUGGCCAAUAUCAACAACAAAA